GUCUGUUUCCAUUUAAAAUAAAGCAGCAGCGUGUUUAUUCUGUCACUACCGCGCUUUAAUCUGGUGUCCCUUAUAUGACGUCACACUGUGACGUCUAUUCCGCCGUCCCCCAACUCGAGGUUGUGUUUACGGUCAUAUUUGGCGGGAGAAGACUUGACGAGCUGCUUUCGGUUUACAGUGCGAGCUACUCUACUCAGAGAGCCGUGCAUACAGCAGCACUCGCCUGCGUCAAUGGCGGCGGUCGUGCCUGCAGCUCCCGUGGAAUCUGUUCCGGACCGAAGCGGAGCUGAAGACGAGCCAAAAGGUACCGAGCCGGACGAGGAGGGAGGGAAUGCUCAGGCUGGGCCCCCAGCGGGCGCGCAACAGCACCGACUCGCCAAGUUACCGCUGUCCCGCAUUAAGGCCCUGAUGAAAGCUGAUCCGGAUGUGAGUCUGGCGAGUCAGGAGUCCGUUUUCAUAAUAGCCAAAGCCACGGAGCUUUUUGUAGAAAUGAUUGCAAAGGAUGCUCUUGUUUAUGCACAACAAGGAAAGAGAAAAACCCUUCAACGAAAAGACUUGGACAAUGCUAUUGAAGCAAUAGAUGAAUUUGCGUUUUUGGAAGGUACUCUGGAUUGAACAGACAAGCUCCGAUAAAGACUGUCAGCAAGUUCUGAAGGUCCAUUAUUUUCCUCAUCAGUCUGCUUGUGGAAAACAACAAACAGACACACAUGUUGGUUUCAUUGUGAUGUUAGUCUGUUUGGAAGUUGUGUGGUUGUUAUAGUUGCAAAGUGCCAAUUGUAUUUUUUCAAUAUUAUAAGAUUCAUAUAACUGUGUAAUGUUUAAAUAAAGUGAGGCUCUUGUAUACUUUCCUCAAUUAUAUUUUCAUUUGUCUUGCUGAGCCAAACUUUUUACCAUCUGCAUAUUUGUAGCUUAUUUUGACUAAGAACCACUCAUCUAGACAUAAAGACACCAUCUGACUGACUUGUAAAGUGACUAAUAAAGUUUGUUUAACAUGCCAUUGGGUAAAUCUAAUACCCAUCAUAUUAUAAUAGUCUUUGUGGAAAAAGAAACCUAUUAAAAUAAUAGC